UCCCGGCAAAUUUGCGGAGUGUCGCUCGGGCCGCGACUUUCGAGAGGCGCUUGCCGGGGCCGCGGGGGCCGCGGCGCAGGUGAACUGUGUCCCGCGGAGUCGCGGGCUCCAGCCCGGAGGGCGCGCAGGUGGGAGGCACCGGGCGCGCUCCUGCUCCCCCCGGGUCAGGGCACGCGGCUCCGGGGGUGACUCUGCACUCGGGUCUGGGCGGGGGCGCGCGCCCCGUCCGGCCGCCAGUCUGUCCUUCCGUGCGUACGCCGGUCGCACCGCCGGAGCCCCGCAACCUGCAACCGCCCUCGGCGGAGGGCCUGGCCCUCGGCCUGAGGAGCGCAGGCGGAGGGCCCGAAGCUAGGCGGCUGGCGAAGCGGGACCAAUGGGGCGGCGGCCCAGCAGCCGGCCCCGCCCCGUCCCGCGCCGCCCCGCCCUAUUCGCGGCUCCCAGGCGCGGCGCUCCGGCCGGGCGACCGACGGACCGACCCAGGCGGGCCACCCGGCUCUCCUCGCCGCCGCCGCGGCGGGCGCGGGGCCGCGCGGAGAGGCCUGAUCCCUGCAGCGCGGGCGGGAGGCGUCGCCAAGCGGAGCGAGCCUGAGGCGCCGGGACUCCGGCAGUUCCCAGGACAGUACCUGCCUCAGAGCAGACAUGAAUGAGCAGCAGACACGUAUGAUUCUAUAGAUGUUAAAGGAGCCCGUCGGUGGAGGAUCCAAUAUCACCCCAAUCUUUUUGCUUGUCUGACACCAGAAAUGCCAUGACUGAAUUCUAGAAGAACAAGUGUCCGGGUGAAUAUCCCCCGCCCCUGUCAGCAGACGAAGUAUGAGUACCAUCUGCCGUUCUGAGCUUUCUGAACUUCCAGCUUCCAAACGGAGGUGAAAACAAAACGCACUGAAGGAUUCCUCUGGCCAUUAUUGGGACCAAUGUGUUCCUGCUUUGCUCCCUCUCCAUUGCCCCCUUGAUGUUGGUGAGAGUGAUUUCCCAGUGAUUGCCUUGGCCCAUUCAACCAGAAAACAGGAUUCUCCUCUUCUUUUGGCCACUAAAUGCCUAUGUGUACCACACACAGCCGGGAGGGAAGAAGGGCGGAGCUUCUUGGAUGAUGAUGGACAUUCCACUGGACAGGAUGAGGGCAGAGAGUGUGCCAUCGACACCACAAGGGUGCAGCGUGAACUUCCUCAUCUCCCUUCCCAUCCAGCUCCCUGCCUCCCGUGUCCACCAUGGUGUUUGGUGAGUUUUUCCAUCGCCCUGGACCAGACGAGGAACUUGUCAACUUGAACGUGGGGGGCUUUAAGCAGUCCGUCGACCAAAGCACCCUCCUGCGGUUUCCUCACACCAGACUCGGAAAGCUGCUCACCUGCCACUCGGAAGAGGCCAUUCUGGAGCUGUGCGAUGACUACAGCGUGGCCGAUAAGGAGUACUAUUUCGAUCGGAACCCCUCCUUGUUCAGAUAUGUUUUGAAUUUUUAUUACACGGGCAAGCUGCACGUCAUGGAGGAGCUGUGCGUGUUCUCGUUCUGCCAGGAGAUCGAGUACUGGGGCAUCAACGAGCUCUUCAUCGAUUCCUGCUGCAGCAAUCGCUACCAGGAGCGCAAGGAGGAAAACCACGAGAAGGACUGGGACCAGAAGAGCAACGACGUAAGUACCGACUCCUCCUUUGAAGAGUCUUCUCUGUUUGAGAAGGAGCUGGAGAAGUUUGACAAGCUGCGAUUCGGUCAGCUCCGGAAGAAGAUCUGGAUUCGAAUGGAAAACCCAGCCUACUGCCUGUCUGCCAAGCUCAUCGCCAUCUCCUCCUUGAGCGUGGUGCUGGCCUCCAUCGUGGCCAUGUGUGUCCAUAGCAUGUCGGAGUUCCAGAACGAGGACAGGGAGGUGGAGGACCCUGUGCUGGAAGGUGUGGAGAUCGCGUGCAUCGCCUGGUUCACUGGUGAGCUCGCCAUCCGGCUGGUGGCUGCUCCCUGUCAAAAGAAAUUCUGGAAGAACCCUCUGAACAUAAUUGACUUUGUCUCCAUUAUCCCCUUCUAUGCCACCUUGGCUGUGGACACCAAGGAGGAAGAGAGCGAGGACAUUGAGAACAUGGGCAAGGUGGUCCAAAUCCUCAGGCUUAUGAGGAUUUUCCGAAUUCUCAAGCUUGCCCGGCACUCAGUAGGACUUCGGUCUCUAGGUGCCACACUGAGACACAGCUACCAUGAAGUUGGGCUGCUGCUUCUCUUUCUGUCUGUGGGCAUUUCCAUCUUUUCUGUGCUCAUCUACUCUGUGGAGAAAGAUGAGCACACGUCCAGCCUCACCAGCAUCCCCAUCUGCUGGUGGUGGGCCACCAUCAGCAUGACUACUGUGGGCUACGGAGACACCCACCCAGUCACCUUGGCCGGGAAGCUCAUUGCCAGCACUUGCAUCAUCUGUGGCAUCUUGGUGGUGGCCCUUCCUAUCACCAUUAUCUUCAACAAGUUUUCCAAGUACUACCAGAAGCAGAAGGACAUUGACGUGGACCAGUGCAGUGAGGACCCACCGGAGAAGUGUCAGGAGCUCCCUUACUUUAACAUUAGGGAUAUUUAUGCACAGCGGAUGCACGCCUUCCUUACCAGUCUCUCUUCUGUGGGAAUUGUGGUGAGCGAGCCUGAUUCCACAGAUGCUUCCAGCAUCGAAGACAACGAGGAUGUUUAUAACACCGCAUCCUUGGAGAACUGCACAGCAAAAUGAGCAGGGACAUUUGUGCCUGUAUCUUGUGUCCCUUCCUGAUGUUAGGUUAACACAGCUUUAUAAACCUCAAUGGGUUCGUUAAAAUCAUUUAAUUCUCAGGGUGUACCUUUCAGCCAUAGUUGGACAUUCAUUGCUCCAAAAUGAUAGAAUCUUCUUUAUUUUUCUCAGUGAAGUGAAUUAAAUGCCUUGUUCUGAAAUUUAUUUUUUACAAGGGAGAGUUGUGAUAUGAUUUUGGAAAAAAAGGUAAAUGGUAUCAGGUGGGAUUUAUUGCUCCGGCUUAUGUAUCAUUCUGUGUUUGUCAUCUACUCACAUUGAGCUAACUGUAAAUUACUGACAAGUAGAAUCCAAGGCCCAGCUGACUGAAGACUACAUGCAUGUAAGAUCCACAAAAUGAGACAAUGCAUGUGAAUCCAUGUUUGUGUUCUAGACAUGGAAAUUAGGAGCCUAAUAAACUUGCCUAAUUCAGUAUGGAGAAUGUCUUGGCUGUAUGUUUUUAUGUCAAGUUAAGUGCAUGUCAGUAUGUUCAAAAUCGGUUUGGAAGGGAAAUGCUCUUUUUGGAGUAUCAAGAGCCCUUGCUGGUUCGUUUCUGAAUUUUGGGUAAACAUCAACAAUGGGCUUGUUCUUUUGUUCAGGAGACUGGUGGUAGUUGGCAGCGAGAAAGAUCAUGUCCAGCGUAAACUGAUGAAACGUGUGCACGUUUAGGACAUACUUGAGUUAGCAUAUAUGCACGAAGCGUGGGCCCUUACAGAUAUCCUUCUAGUCUGUAUUUUGUAUUUUAUAAUUUCUCUUGUUGAGGUAAAACCUCAUCACCUGAAAAUGAUGCAGAGCAAAGCCCCACAUUCACAGGCAGAGACACACUCCGUGAGUGGAAGAAAGGAGAAAUGUUGUACAAACACACAGUCGUGAUUCAUUAUGGCCAGAGGAGUGAAACUUUAACCACUGGAAAAAGUGAUGCCAGCAACUAUAAGAUGAGCCGCCAUUUAAAAAUCGCCUUCGAGACAGUAAUGUCUGCCUCUUCUCUAAAAGCCCCUCCCACUGAAGGAAGACAUACAUACUCGUUUCCAGAGCAGUGACGGAGCAAUUCCAGCCCAGGUGGAGAGAAUUUAGCUAAAACCUUAAUUUUGGAGAUGUAUGGUGACUCUAACUCCUGCUGUCAGCCUGAGUUCUUUCCCCGAGAUCCUUCUGAAUGGAAAAGCGCAUGGAUUUAUUAUACAACUUCCUAUGUUUGCAGAUGCAUUUCAUUGAAAAAAGGACGUCGUCUGGAGGUUAUCUGAUGAAGAGAACUCUGACUCAUCCCUCAACAUUUCCGUGCCUUCUGAGACGGAUAUAACCGAACAGGGUUUAUAGUCACUUUUAAAUCUGGUGGUUUAUUCAUACAUGUGUGUCAGCCCCGCCCAUCUAAAAAAGCUUUCUUUUCCCCAAAAUGCCUUUUUGAUGUUGGCAUAAGUAUAGUUUUGAAGCAUAGCGAAGGAAUUUGGGAUCCAGUUUUAUUAAAGAUUUCCCAAUUAGUAGUGAAA